AUGGCUUCGGAAGAGCCAGCAGACGAAACCGAGGAUCGAGUCCAUAUUCUGCAUUCACAAGCCGAUGAUGCUAGUCAAGCGAAGCGGCCAUUCAUCUAUGGUACGGUUAAAUCGAAUGCCAAUACCACAGUGACAGCCCCCAAGAAGGAUACACCCUUACCAUUUGAUUACAUAUCCCUCUUUCCGAGACUAUCAUCUCCUGGAAAAGUCCUUCUCGACUACUUUGUCCACGCUGCAGAUUCAUUUUCCUGCGAUGAUGAAGUCAAAGAACAGUUCUGCGGAACUUUCAUCCAGAUGGCACCCAACAACGACCCGCUGAUGGCGUCAAUCCUUGCUCUGGCCGCUGCGCAUCGAGUGAAUAUUGGUUUAGAGCAGGACAAACAAGAGCUGGGCGCUUUGCACCUUUCCGCUGUCAAGCAGCUACGCAUGGGCUUGUCAACAUCUCCGGAUGAGCCCCUCAUGGCAGCUGCUUUGAUGUUGUGCUAUACCGAGGUGAUAUCUGGAGGUGGCAACGGUUCGUCCUGGAGGCUACAUCUGGAGGGUGCCGCUUCUCUCUUCGCGGCGCGUCGGCCUGCAUGGACUAUCCAUACCUCAGAUCGUACGAGAGCGUUCAUCUGCCAAUGCUUUGUGUCUCUUGUCGCUCUCGCCAAUGUGUCGGGCCUUCCUCCGUCAUGUGCCGUCUCCGAACGAGCCCUCGCCAUGGUUGGUCAAGAUGGCCCACGCCCGUACAUAGACAACUUCACCGCAUAUUCGUCCGACCUGAUGUCGGUUCUCCUUGAGUUCGGCCAGCUGAUUCGAGAUCGCCAGCAAGUCUCUGCACAUUGCACAAGAGAUACAGCCGUGAGGAUAGAGGAGCGCUCUCUCCAUUUGCUCAAUCGACUGGACAAUAUGACAGUGGCAGCUGACGCUGCAGCGAGUUUGACUAACAAAAGUCAGCGGCAUAUCAAUGAGUUGUUCCGACAAGCGACGAUAUUACAGAUCCAUCAACGUAUUAGAGGCCUUCCUCCGUCAUCUAAGGAAAUCCAACGGCUCGUUAAUACCAUACUGGCCCUGCUGUUGACCUUCGAGAUUCAACCUGGCCCGGGCUUCGGCGUUCUCCUUUUCUACCCGGCGUUCUCCGCUGGUACAGGCGCGGUCGAACAGAGUCACCGGCAGCAGGUACGGGACUUACUCAAUAGUAUGGUCCAAGUAAUGGGUUUCAUGAAUAUACGCCAAGGUCUCAAUCUUCUGGAGACCCUUUGGGCACAUCGAGAUUGCUAUGGUGAAGAUUACACCAACGCUUCCUGGGAAACCCUUGUCGCGGAAAACAUUGAUAUCAUCCUAUAUUGA